AGAUUAUCAUUUAAUAAGAUUCGAGGCCGAAUUGCUGUGUCCACACUGUUGUUUUUAAUUUAAAACAUUUAUGAUAAUAAAAAAACAACAUCUUUUUUGUUUAGAAAAACUAUUACGUUUGACGCAAACACAGAGAUAACAAAUAAGAUAAUUUACAUUUGAUUCAAAUGUAGGCUCGACGAAACUACUUCAAGUACAUAAAAGAAUUCUUAAUUGAAGCGAUUUAUUUUAGAUAUUAACCAUGGAGUCAACAACUUUUGAAGGUGUUAGUGAUAGAUACAAUGGUAUAACGGUUGACUCUAAAGAAGAACCUUGUGAACCAAACAAUUUCUUAAAUAAAUUACAAGUUUCAUUGACUUCCUGGUUAGAACAGAAGAAGCGCUGUAUAUGGUUUAAGGUGAACAUAAAAGAUGCAGCCUGGGUGCCAAUAUUAGCAAAUGAAGGCUUCAAUUUCCAUCAUGCCCGAGGGGAAUACGUAAUGAUGUACAAAUGGCUUCCAGAAACGAUGUCAAACUUGCCUCCAGCUAGCCACACAAACCUUGGUGUAGGGGCAAUGGUUUUUAAUGACAAAAAUGAAAUACUGGUUGUGUCUGAGAAUUACAUUGAUUUCCCACAUUGGAAACUACCUGGAGGAUACGUAGAGAGAGGUGAGGAUAUCAAAGAUGCAGCUGUCAGGGAAGUUAAAGAAGAAACAGGAAUUGAUUCAACUUUUGACUCCAUGGUGACACUAAGACAUACCCACAAUGCAAUGUUUGGGAACUCCGAUAUAUAUGUAAUUGUAGUGUUACAUGCCACAUCAGAAACCAUCACCAAAUCUGACAUGGAAAUUAAGGCAUGUAAGUGGAUGGAUUUAAAUGAAUAUAUAAACCACCCACAUGUACAUGAGUUUAAUAGAUUCAUUGCUAAUCAAGCGUUAGACCUAAAGGCCCGAAACCUCAAACUUGGACUCCGUAAAGAUGUUCUCAAUAUUCCAAAACUGAAUGUAAAAAGGGAAAUGACAUGUCUGAUUCUAGAAGAUGCAUAAAUCUUGUAACACUAUUAUAUUCAGGGUCAAGUGGUACUGAAAUAGCAAAGAGAUAAUGAUAAAUAGAUAUCUUAAUAAGUAAGUGAUAACAAUGUGAUGUUGAGUUUACCUCAUGGUAGCUGUUUUAUCUCAUAAUAGGUAUAAAAAAGGGUAAUAAAAAUACUACAUUUAAAAUCAUUAUCAUGUAUUUUAUGAUUAUCCGCACAUAAAAUAAUUCAGUUAUACAAUUAAUAGCUAGUGAAAGUUCAAAAAUAUUUUUAUGUACAACAUAAGUUUUCUGCAGUUAACUAUAAAUUGUAAACUGAAUUACCCCUAAUAAAAUGUACCUAAUGAUUGUAUGACUAUAAAUUUGUUAUCAAUAAAUUAAAUGUUAAACAA